AUUAUCAGUGUAUCGUUUAAAAUCGUUCAAUCAAUAUGUACUCCAAAAUUAUCGCCUUGAGCGCCGUAUUGGCGGUAUCGAGUGCUGGUCUCCUGGCUACUCCCGCAGUUCACUACUCUCCAGCUGCCGCGGUCUCCUCACAGAGCAUCGUGCGCCAUGAGCAGCCAAUCGCCGUAGCCUCUCCCGUCGCAUACCAAUCUGCUCCACUUGCAUACGCCUCUCCCGCUCGGUACUCGUCCGCCGCCGCUGUCUCCUCCCAGAACAUCGUCCGCCACCAACAGCCGAUCGCUGUAGCUUCUCCUAUUGCGUACAACACCGCCUCUUAUGCCUCACCUCUCUCUUACGCUGCUCCCGCUCGUUACUCAUCCGCAGUCUCCUCCCAGAACAUUGUCCGCCACCAACAACCGAUCGCCGUAGCUGCUCCUAUUGCGUACAACACUGCCUCUUAUGCCUCACCUCUCUCUUACGCUGCUCCCGCUCGUUACUCAUCCGCAGUCUCCUCCCAGAACAUCGUUAGUCACGGACAGGCUAUUGCUCCCGCCCGUCUGGCUUACCAAGCUACCCGUGCUGUGAUCGCUCCCGUUGUCCACGCGGCACCUCUUGUACACGCUGCUCCAGCCCGUGCCAUCAUCGCCCAACACGAGGAAUACGACGCACACCCCAGCUACGACUUCUCCUACUCCGUCGCUGACGGCCACACCGGUGACAACAAGUCCCAGCAUGAGAGCCGCGACGGAGAUGUUGUACGUGGUGAAUACUCCCUGGUUGAAGCUGACGGCUCAAUCCGUCGCGUAGAGUACUCCGCUGAUGACCACCAUGGCUUCAACGCUGUCGUCAGCAACUCUGCACCCGCUCACGCCGCCUCCGCAUACGCCCCAGCUGCUGUUCUCGCCCACCAUUAUCAAGCGAUUCAUUCCUUCAACAUGUUCUCUAAAGUUCUUGCUUUAAGCGCGGUGUUAGCCGUGACCAGCGCUGGUCUCCUGGCUGCUCCCGCAGUUCACUACUCUCCAGCUUCCGCGGUCUCCUCACAGAGCAUCGUGCGCCAUGAGCAGCCAAUCGCCGUAGCCGCUCCCGUUGCAUACCAAUCUGCUCCACUCUCAUACGCCUCUCCCGCUCGUUACUCAUCUGCUGUCUCCUCACAAAACAUCGUCCGCCACCAACAGCCCAUUGCCUACAACUCCGCUUCUCUCUCUUAUGCAACACCUCUCUCUUACGCUGCUCCCGCUCGUUACUCAUCUGCCAUCUCCUCCCAGAACAUCGUUAGUCACGGACAGGCUAUUGCUCCCGCCCGUCUGGCCUACCAAGCUGCCCCUGCUGUAGUCGCUCCAGUCAUCCACGCUGCUCCCCUUAUCCACGCUGCCCCUGCCCGCGCCAUCAUCGCCCAACACGAGGAAUACGACGCACACCCCAGCUACGACUUCUCCUACUCCGUCGCUGACGGCCACACCGGUGACAACAAGUCCCAGCACGAGAGCCGCGACGGAGAUGUUGUACGUGGUGAAUACUCCCUGGUUGAAGCUGACGGCUCAAUCCGCCGCGUAGAGUACUCCGCUGAUGACCACCAUGGCUUCAACGCUGUCGUCAGCAACUCUGCACCCGCUCACGCCGCCUCCGCAUACACCCCAGCUGCUGUUCUCGCCCACCAUUAAUGAGACCUACUAUAGAGUAGAAUAGGAUCGUUUAUAAGAGUUCUAUUUAUAAAAAAUAAAAGCACUAAACUCUA